UAUCGCAAUCAGCCAGCCAGCCAGCCCUCGUACCAGCCGGCCGUGUCGCCGGCCCGCCACCAGCCUAAGAAGCGCCGCGCGCUGAGCCCCGUCUCGCGACACGCGGGUCCCGAUAACACUGGCUACAAGAGCAAGUGUUGGUCAGGCGUAGGGCCGGUCUGCUGCGCCGCGCCCGCCGCGCCGAGUCGCGCGUGCGAUGCUGAGCGGUCCCCCCCGCCCGCGCUGCCGCCCGCUCCGCCCGUGCUCUGCGCACGACCGUGCUGUCGCGACGCGCCUGUCGUCGACACCAGCGACCAGCGUCGCGCCCCGCCGGCCGCCGGCGCGGCCGCUCGCCACAAGACGGCGCCACAGGCAACGACGACGGCCCACAGCAAGACAGCGGCGGGCGGGGCCAACCACCCGCCCCAGCCGCAAGGUAACAAACGCUCUGGCUGUGGCGGCGAUGGCGACUACCAGCUGGUGCAGCACGAGGUGCUCUACUCCUCGUCCAAUAGGUACGAGGUGUUGGAGUUCCUCGGGCGUGGCACCUUCGGGCAGGUGGUGAAGUGCUGGAAGAAGGGCACCAACGAGAUAGUCGCCAUCAAGAUCCUCAAGAACCACCCCAGCUAUGCUCGCCAAGGACAGAUUGAGGUGUCGAUCCUCUCCCGGCUCUCGCAAGAGUCCGCGGACGAGUUCAACUUCGUCCGCGCGUACGAGUGCUUCCAGCACCGCUCGCACACGUGCCUCGUGUUCGAGAUGCUGGAGCAGAACCUGUACGACUUCCUCAAGCAGAACAAGUUCAGCCCGCUGCCGCUCAAGUACAUCCGGCCCAUCCUGCAGCAGGUGCUCACCGCGCUUCUCAAACUAAAGCAACUAGGGUUGAUCCACGCGGACCUCAAGCCGGAGAACAUCAUGCUGGUGGAGCCGGCGCGGCAGCCCUACAGGGUCAAGGUCAUCGACUUUGGCAGCGCCUCGCACGUCAGCAAGGCCGUCUGCAAUACCUACCUGCAGAGUCGAUACUACAGAGCUCCCGAGAUCAUCCUGGGCCUAGCGUUUUGCGAGGCGAUCGACAUGUGGUCGCUCGGGUGCGUGGUGGCGGAGCUGUUCCUCGGCUGGCCGCUGUACCCUGGCUCCUCGGAGUACGACCAGAUCCGCUACAUCUCGCAGACGCAGGGCCUGCCAACCGAGCACAUGCUCAACAGUGCGUCAAAGACGGCCAAGUUCUUCUACCGCGACGUGGACAGCACGUACCCGUUUUGGCGGCUGAAGACGCCCGAGGAGCACGAGCUGGAGACCGGCAUCAAGAGCAAGGAGGCCAGGAAGUAUAUCUUCAACUGCCUCGACGACAUCGGACAGGUUAAUGUACCAACGGAUCUAGAAGGCGGCCAACUCUUGGCUGAGAAGGCGGACAGAAGGGAAUUCAUAGAUUUACUCAAGAGAAUGCUCACUAUGGAUCAGGAACGAAGGAUAACCCCGGGCGAGGCGUUGAACCACGCCUUCGUGACACUCGCACACCUUGUGGACUACGCGCACUGCAACAACGUCAAGGCUUCCGUGCAAAUGAUGGAGGUGUGCCGGCGGUCCGGCAGCGGCGUGGGCGGCGUGGGGGUGGGCGGGGAGUACGUGGGCGGCGUGGUGGCGCCCGCCGCGCCGUCCGCGCACCACCUGGCGCUCACCAUCAACCAGCAGCGCCUGCCGCCGCAGCCCUACGACAACCUGUACCAACUAUAUCAAGGCGGCCGCGUGGCGGUGGGCGGUGCGCGACAAUACGCGACGAGGGCCGCGGAACCCUUCCCGCACCAGUUUGUGUCCUCCAUCCUGUGCCCACCCGCGUAUCAGGUGCAACAGCUAGCAGCAGCGGCAGCAGCGGCGGCGGCGGCGCACCACCAGCACGGCGUGGGCGUGGGAGGAGUGGGCGUGGGCGGCGUGGGCGUGGGCGUGGGCGACGUGGGCGUGGGCGAGUGGCGCGCGCCGCUCAUCGUGGAGCCCGCGCCGCUGCCCGAGCCCGACGUGUGGGACUUCCACCCCCACCACCUGCACCACCACCCGCACAAGAGAUCGACAAAGCAGCAGACGAGCGCGGUGGCCCACUACCAGCCGCAUCACCAAACACACCAAUACAGUAUGGCGAGCAGUGGGGGCAAGAAGGAGCCGACUCAGCUGUCGCCGGUGAAGAAGCGGGUGAAGGAAGGCACGCCGCCGUCGCGGCACAACAGGCAUACGCACGAACAGAAUGCAAGCAACAUCGGCGGCGGGCGCGCGUCGUGGGGCUCGGGCGGCGCGGCGGCGGGCGGGGCGGGCGCGGCGCACACCAUCACCAUCCGCGACACGCCGUCGCCCGCCGUGUCCGUCAUCACCAUCUCCGACUCCGACGACGACGAGCCCGCCGCCGCCGCCGCCGCCACCGCCCGCCCCGCGCCCCACAACAGAGCGGGCGGCAGCGGGCAAUGUCCCCCGGCGGCGGCCGCGGCGGCGCCCGGCGUGAUCUGCAGCGCGCGCUCGCCGCGGGACGAUCCUCACGUCAAACCCGAGCCGCAGCCCUGCCACCACCAUCACACGCAACCGUCAGCCCCGGCGGCUGCGCCGGCGGCGCGCGCGCAGGCCACGCCGCAGAGCCAGAAGAAGCGGCUGCUGGCGCUCGCGCAGCAGGAGGCGCACAAGCACGACCCGCCGCCGCCCGACCACCACCAUUACCAACAGAGUGGUGCCGCCGUCCGGCCCGCGAACGAGUACCAGUGCAACCAGUACGUGCCGGCGCAGCACAACAAGAGGGACAGUACGGGCGGCUGCCGCGAGUACCCGAGCGGCGCGGCGGCGGCGGGCGCGCCGCCCGCGCACAAGCAGCACGCGCAUGCGCCGCACGCCGCGCACCACGCCGCGCACGCCUGGCACCACCACCCGCACAACCACUACAAAACUGGUAGCGGAGGCGUCCUGUCGCCAGCGGGAGGGGUGUCUCCCGGUUACUUACCACCGCCCCUCUACGUGCCCACGUAUCACUAUCACACCGGUGGCGUCGGCGGCGUCGGCGCGGUGGGCGCCGUGGGCGGCGUGGCGGGCGGCCCCCCGCCCGCGCACCACGCCACGCGCCUGCCCGCCUACCUGCAGCCCUACUCGCCCACCUACCUAGUGCCGCAGCACCCCAACCAGCACCUCUGGUACACCGACUGA